AUGAUCGAACUCCCUUGGUCGCAAUUUGUGGACAAGACAAAUGAGUUUGCUAUUACAUCGCAGCAGCAAUGGUGUGAAGCCUGUGGAAAUAGCACUGGAAUCUGCGCCUCAAGCACUGGUGCUGGCAAUGGUUCCUCGUCUACUUCCUCGACCAGUUCUUGUUCGGGCAGAGGGAUGAGUUUAGGAGUGGCAGGCGUCAUCGGUGCAUUGGUGACUUUGGGCGUUCUUGUUGGGCUGUUGAUCCUGAGUAUGAUCAUAUUUGGCCUACGAUUCGUACCCAAGAGUGCGGUCGCCGGUAUCCAUCGAGGAUCGGACGCUUCGACGGCCCCAGCGAUUAAGACGAUUGCAGCGUGA